AUGUCUAAGUGCAUACAAGCCAUUGCUCUUGGAGAUAAUUUUCAAUACGUUAUUGUGAAAUCAAACAAGGAAGUUAUGAUUUUACAAUGCGCCAUUGGAGUUUGCAAAUGGUCCUUGCAUGCUUCUUGUUGUAUUCAUGAGGAUAGGUCAUUAUGGGUUCUUACUAGGUUUGAUUAUGAACAUACAUGUUCAGUAGAUGUUCCAUUAACCGAUCAUAGACAGGCCACCUUUAUUGUAAUCAAGGACCUAAUUAAAAACAAAAUAUCUUUAGCUGGUUCUAAAUUGUCAACUCCCAAAGAUAUAGUUCAUUUCAUUCGUGCUGAACAUGGUUUAAAUAUAUCCUACCAAAAAGCAUGGCGUACUCGUGAGGCUGCGUUGGAUGAUAUUCACAGAUCUCUGGAGGACUCCUAUAAGAUGCUAUCCAUAUUUGCAUAUAUAUUGGAACUCAACAACCCAUGUUCUGUUGUUGAAUACAAAGUUGAUACCGAUGUCAUUUCUAUUGAUGAAACAAGUUUGAAGAAUAAGUACGGUGAUACUUUGUUAUCUGCUUCGACACUUGAUGCCAAUGAUAAGAUAUUUCCACUAGCCUUUUAUGUUGUGGAUUCUGAGAAUGAUUCCUCAUGGACAUGGUUUUGCAACCAAUUGAAGAGAAUUAUAGGUGGCCAGAAUGAGGUUGUCAUAGUAUCUGAUAGGCGUAAAAGUAUAUGCAAAGCCAUAGAGGUAGUAUUUCCCAAUGUUUUACAUUGUAUAUGCCUUGUUCAUUUACUUAGGAACCUAAAGUUGAAGUAUAAGAGAAUAGUCGAUACAGUAUUUCGUGCAUGUGGGAAGAUAUUUAAUAUUGUAGACUUCGAACAUAAAAUGUAUUUGUUGGAAUCUUCUGCCCUUGGUAUACGUGAGGAGCUUGAAUCCAUUGGUUUUGCUAAGUGGUCUCGUGCCUACUCACCACGUAGGAGAUAUGAUAAGCUUCCAAUAUGCUUUAAGUUUACAAAGCUAAAAGUCCUUCUAGGAUCCUUGUAA